UCUGUGGCCUCCAGUCGCCUGGCUAUGACUUUUGAUGCUGUUAUUGAUGUGCUUCCUUGGCUUCAGCAGCUAUUUUUGCUAUAAUAAUCCUGCUGCCCUUCAGACUCAGGAUAAACAGAAUAGGCAGGUGAACACCAUGAAAUUCAUGCUGCUAUAUGCCUGGUAUUCUUGGCCCAAUGUAGUUUUGUGUUUCUUUGGUGGCUUUUUAAAAGACCGAGUAUUUGGAAUCUGAUGGGGCACAAUUACUUUUAGCUGUUUUAUUUGCAUUGGACAGGGUUUUGUUCUCGGUGGAAUAUUUAAUGUUUUUUGGCUGAUGGAAUUUGAAAGAUUUGUGUUUGGGAUUGGUGGGGAGUGCUUAGCAGUUGCCCAGGAUACAUAUGCUGUGAGCUGGUUUAAAGACAAAGAAUUAAACCUGUCUGGACUCCAACAAUUUAGCAUGGCUAGAAUUGGAAGUACAGUAAACAUGGACUUCAUGAGUUGGCUGUAUUCUAAGAUUGAAGCUUUGUGGGGUUCUGCUGGUCACACAACCCCUGGGGUCACACUUAAGACUGGGGGUAUAAAAUGUAUUCUUUCACUAAUCUGCGCCUUCUUGGCUCUUGCUUACUUAGAUCUGAGAGCAGAGAGAAUCCUUCAUAAAGAACAAAAAACAGGGUAAGUUUUUAAAUUAACUGAUGUGAAAGAUUUCUCCUUACCCCUGUGGCCCAUAUUUAUCAUCUGUGUCUGCUAUUGUGUUGCCAUGUUCCCUUUUAUUGGACCUGGGAAAGUUUUCUUUACAGAGAAAUUUGGAUUUUCUUUCCAGGCAGCAAGUGCAAUGAACAGUGUUGCAUAUGUCUUAUCAGCUCCCACGCCGGUAUUUGGGCUCCCCGUGGAUGACACGGGGAAGAACGGCAUCUGCGUUCUGCGUGUGGUCGCAGCCACUCUUGUGUCCCACAUGAUGCUGGCCUUUAUGAUGUAGAGCCAUUGGGUUGCUAUGUGUCUUCUGGGAAUCUCCUAUUCAUUGCUUGCCUGUGCAUUAUGGCUAAUAGUGGCAUCUGAAGUUCCUGACCAUCAGCUGGGAACUGCAUAUGGCUUCAUGCAGUCCAUUCAGAAACUUGGGUUGGCCAUCAUUUCCAUCACUGCUGGGACGAUGAUACUGGAUAUUGGGGGAUAUUUGUUUUUAGAAGUUUUCUUCAUUGCCUGUGUUUCUAUGUCACUUUUAUCUGUGGUCUUACUCUAUUUUGUGAAUUAUGCCCAGGGUGAGAACCUAAAUUAUUCCACAAGACAAAGGGAAGAAAUAAAAUUUUCCCAUACUUAG